CCACUACAUUCCCUGCAGCCAGCCAGUAAAUAUGACAUUAACAUUGGGUGUAAAUGAGAGAACCUCUAGCAAAGGUAGUUAGUUGAGAUUUAGUAACAGUCGUGUUAAGUUGUGUUCGCUUGCUAGAGUUGCGUUCGUUCGGUCGUUUGUCCGUCGUUUUGUUGUUGUAGUAAACAUGACUAAACUUACGUAGGCUUUUUGUUGUUAAUGUUAACUUGUCAAAAAGAGUGAAGUAAAAUAAAUGAAGUUUAUAUGUAAUAAAAAAUAAAUAAAAAAGGUAACAUUUUACGUGUAAAAAUUAUACAAAAGCAAAAUAUGUAAUGAAAAGAAUAAAAAAAAUAAAAAAGUAUUAAAUAAAUGGAGAAAAAAGCGCAGCGCGUGUGUAGCCAUAUUUAAAAAAUAUAUAUAAAUAAAUAAGUGAAUUGUUAAUAAGCUUAUAAAAAAGUGCAAUUCAAUUAAAAAAAAUCUUAAACAAAUUUUAGAAAGUUCUGAAGAAAAUUAGUGUUAGCAAUAAUUCAUUUGAAAAAAUAUUUAAGUAUUUAGCAAUUUGUUACAAUUGAGUGAAUUUUUUAAUACUUGCAUGAUUUCAUUUUAAACAAAAUAUUGCUUGAGUGAUUAAACAACAACAAUAGGAAGAAAAAAGUGGCUUCUUUAGUUAUAAAUUGUUAAAAGAAAAAAGUGCAUAAAUUAACAAGUUUUAGAGAAUACUAGGCCCCCUUGUAUUAUUUUCCUGGCUUUUUAUACAAAAAAAAUUCUAUAUACAAGUUACCACAAGGCGGCUUUAAAACUCACCUAUACACUGAAACUUAUUAAAGUAUAAAAAUAGAAAACAAAAAUUAAAAAAAAAAAAUAAAAAAUAACUUGGCUUUAAUAAAAAAAAAAAUUGUGUAUUAAAGAGGAGGAAGAAGCAGAAAUAAUAAGAAACAGCAGCAAUAAUAAAAGAAGCUUCUUUCUCAUACUCAAACUGAGUUUAACAACAAAAUCAUUUUUAAGUUCUGUGCAUUAUUACUCAGAGAUUAAAUAUUUAUUUACAAAAUUCCCACACACCUUUUUUUCCUCCGCGAAACAUACACAAACAUGCUCUAAAACUGUGUUUAUUAAAACCCGGUUUAAAUUUUUUAACAUAAACAAACUUUUAUUUAUACUUCGUGAAAAAGCCAAGAGAGGUUAAUGUUUGAAAAAUGAGUAAGUGAGCUUAAUUUAGCUGUAGUUGUGUUAAUGUAAAGCUUAUUGUGUUUUUGUGUGUAACGAGUGAGAAAAUGAAACAUGUAGCGGUUUGUUAUGAGAGCAACAGGUGGCAAUGAAACAAAAUUUUAUUUAAGUUUAAUCUAAUACUAUUGCAAAAACAAGCAGUAUUUCUUACACACAUAUACAAAUACUAUCUUUUUGGGAUCAUCUUGCUUGGGAUUCAUUGUAUGUAAAAAAUUACAGGACACAAUUAACCAGCAAAUUAAAUUGACUUCUAAUUAACACGUGAUAAUAAAUUAUUAGUGCUUGAUCUCUGCCUUGUUUUAAUACUUACAACCAUAUAAUUUGAUGCUUGAUGUUUUGUGCUGGAUCUUGUAAUUGAGUUAGAUUUGCCAGUUUGUUUUUAUUGUUUUAGAGGCUUUUACUACUAUGCUGAUCAUUAAAAAAUGGCCAAAUCGAAAAUUGCUCUUUAUGCUGCUGGCGUAACUUGUUUGGGUUUUAUAUGUUUUGCUUUAGCAUCGGCCGCCAUUGGCAUACCCAUCUGGGGUUAUUAUGACUCACCCUCGGGCGGCUAUGAUUUCGAUCAUGGUUACUUUGGUCCCUUUAAAGUAUGCAAACAGUUAGCCUAUAAUCGGGAGAAGUGUGGCAGUGAUGUGUCGAAAUUUAAAUUGUCAUCUGCCAUUUUUAUUAGCGGCAUUUUUGCCAUUUUAAGUUCAGCUGCCUUUGGUUUAUUUUGCAUUUUAUCCGUCAUACAAAUUGCCAUGAUUUCUUCGCGAGAGAAAGUGGUCAUGUCCUAUACAUCAAUGGUUAUGACCAAAAUGGUUUUAUCCUUAAUAGGAGGUAUUUUGGCGUUGGUGGCCACUGUUAUGUUUGCUGUACAAAUAGAUGAAUCUGAAAAGUAUGGUUUUCGUGUAUCACGGGGAAUAUCGUUUUAUUUGCAGAUUGUUGUUAUUAUCUUAAGUAUACCUCUUUUUGUAUUGGCUUUAUACGAUGUUUUGUAUUCCAAAAAGCCCGGUGGUGAUCCCACCAUGAUGAUUGAUGCUGCCUCACCAUCAUCGGCCACAACGAUAAAUAAUCCUGGCUUUAAAGAACCAAGAACUAAAAAUGGCAUUUCUGUGACCGAUGCCUCGGGCAAACCCUAUGCUGGCAUACGCAAUGGCUCAGGCAGUGUGGCCUCUAUGAGCACCAUGGUCACCAGUGUAUCAAAUGGUUCCACGGUGGAGUCUGUUACACGCUCACCCUUAAGGUCUAGUUUAAAGAAACCCCGUCCAAGGCCAGAAAAUGCCUUGGGCAUACAAAAUCCUGGUUACUCGGGUUCGGGCAGCUCACCGCCCAUGCGACGCAAUGGCAGUGUUAAGAAGGUGCGCAUACAAACGCACAGCACGGAAGUUUAGAGGAAAUAGGAAUUUUCGUUAUUUAAAAACAAAAAACCAAGACUGUGUACAGAUGAAAAUGAUAAGAAAUCAUAAUUUUUCCUUUAAUUUAUAGAAAAUUUUGUUUUUUUUUUACUUUUUUUCUCUUUUUAAAGUAUUUUUUUAUAUGUUGUCUUCCAAUUAGUAAAAGAAAUUCAUGAAAUUUUAAAUUCUUCAUAAUUACAUCACAGAAAUUUGAAAAUCUAAACGAUAUAUUGUUUAAAAAUUAUACAAAUCCGUCCUUUAAGCAAAAAAAUAACUAAUAUUUACAGCAUAAACUAAAUGGCAAAUGUAUUUAAUGUUUCAAAGUUUACAAAACCCACAAAUAACCAACGACCAACCUAUAAAUAACAAAAUCUUCAAUUUUCUUUCUUUAAGUAUGGCAAUAUUUUCGAAAAGAAAAUUCAUUGACAGGCCCCUAACUGUAAACAAAAGAUUAAAGUUAGCAACACUGCUUGACAGCUAACGGCAAACAGUGAUGCCAACUAAAGACACAAACUUUAACUGUUAUUAACUUUCUGUCUACGAAUAGCUGGGCCUAUGUUUAUCGUUUGUAUAAUUAGUAAAUUAAUUAUAAUUAAGCAAGCACAAACCAGAUCUUAUUUAUUAUUAGUUUAUUUACUUGGUAUUUUUAAUCAAAUAUUAUUAAUAAUUGUUAGAUUUUUAUAAGAAUCAAAACAAAACAAAAACUACUCGAAUAUCAAAAAACAAAAAAACCGAACAUGUGUAAUAUUUUUUAUAUAUAAACAUUAUAUUUAAUUUAUCUUUAAUUAUUUUUAAAUCAAAAUAUUAUAUAAACAAUUCUUAAAAUGUUAUUACAAUUUAUAUUUAAUGUAAGUUUUUCUUUUUUAGUAAUUUUUAAUUUAAAUAAUUAAACCUUAAACAAAAAACAAUUUAAAUAUAAUGUUAUUGUUAAUAAAAAAACAAAAUAUUUUUAGCAUUAAGUUUAAAUAUUGAAAUAAUAAAGAAAAAUUAUUGAAUAAUUUUAUUAAAUAAUAAAAGAAAUUGAAAACAAAAUAAA